GAUUGCAGUAUCUGGUGUCCGCUACCUAUCUCUGCCCGCUGCUCUCGCGGGAGCGACGCCGGCCUUCCCUUAUCUCUUGGAUUUAACACAGAGGCUCCUGCCUUUGGCUGCCCGAAGAAGGACCUUCGCUCUGGGGGCACGCAGAGCUGUCUGCAGCGUGGAGCAGAGGAGGGGAGAGGAGGAGAGAGGAGAGGAGGGUCUGGCAGCUUGGAUAGCUCGGACUGCAUUGUCUGCCUUCAUGACCCCUGCUGUGUAGCGGUCUCAUCCCUGCUCUCAUACACUCCCUCUGUCUUCCACUCUUUCUUCUCUCCUUUUUAAAAUAGCAGCAUCUGGGGCCAGCCAUGUUUGGCACUGAAUCCUCAUUGAGUAUGUUUUUGAACACGUUAACCCCCAAGUUCUAUGUUGCCCUGACGGGCACUUCCUCAUUAAUCUCGGGACUUAUUUUGAUCUUCGAGUGGUGGUACUUCCGCAAGUACGGGACGUCCUUCAUCGAGCAGGUCUCGGUGAGCCACUUGCGCCCUCUGCUGGGCGGGGUGGACAACAGCGCGCCCAGCGCGGCCAAUGCCGCCAACGGCGAGGCGGACUCCAGCAGGCAGAGCGUUUCAGAAUGCAAAGUCUGGCGAAAUCCUUUAAAUCUGUUCAGAGGAGCUGAAUAUAAUCGGUAUACAUGGGUAACAGGAAGAGAACCUUUGACUUACUACGAUAUGAAUCUUUCAGCACAGGACCAUCAGACAUUCUUUACAUGUGACACGGAUCAUUUACGGCCUGCCGAUGCUAUAAUGCAAAAAGCCUGGAGAGAGAGAAACCCCCAAGCCCGAAUUUCUGCAGCACAUGAAGCUUUGGAAUUGAAUGAAUGUGCUACUGCCUAUAUUCUUUUGGCUGAAGAGGAAGCAACAACAAUUGUGGAAGCAGAGAAGCUGUUCAAGCAAGCUCUGAAGGCUGGAGAGGGCUGUUAUAGGCGCAGUCAGCAAUUGCAGCAUCAUGGUGCCCAGUAUGAAGCCCAACACAGAAGGGACACUAAUGUGUUAGUUUAUAUUAAGAGGAGGCUGGCAAUGUGCGCAAGAAAGCUGGGAAGGACCAGAGAAGCAGUGAAAAUGAUGAGAGAUUUGAUGAAGGAAUUUCCUCUUCUCAGCAUGUUCAAUAUCCAUGAAAACCUGCUAGAAGCUUUGUUAGAACUGCAAGCAUAUGCGGAUGUCCAGGCAGUCUUAGCGAAGUAUGAUGACAUAAGCUUACCAAAAUCAGCAACAAUAUGUUACACAGCUGCGUUGCUCAAAGCCAGAGCUGUCUCUGACAAAUUUUCUCCAGAGGCUGCCUCAAGGCGAGGGCUGAGUACUGCAGAGAUGAAUGCAGUAGAAGCUAUUCACAGAGCAGUAGAAUUUAAUCCACAUGUGCCAAAAUACCUCCUAGAAAUGAAAAGCUUAAUUCUGCCCCCUGAACAUAUUCUGAAGAGAGGGGACAGUGAAGCAAUAGCAUAUGCUUUCUUCCAUCUUCAACACUGGAAAAGGGUAGAGGGAGCAUUGAAUCUCUUACACUGUACAUGGGAAGGCACUUUCAGAAUGAUCCCCUAUCCACUGGAAAAAGGACAUCUUUUCUACCCUUACCCUAUUUGUACAGAAACUGCAGAUAGAGAACUACUACCAUCAUUUCAUGAAGUUUCAGUUUACCCCAAGAAAGAGCUUCCCUUCUUCAUCCUCUUCACUGCUGGCCUAUGUUCUUUCACAGCCAUGCUGGCUCUCCUGACACAUCAGUUCCCAGAGCUUAUGGGGGUCUUCGCAAAAGCAUUUCUCAGCACCCUCUUUGCCCCUUUAAAUUUUGUGAUGGAGAAAGUAGAAAGCAUCCUGCCCUCCAGCCUGUGGCACCAGCUGACGAGGAUCUGAGGGAGCUCCCGCUGACUGACUGCCACGACAUCUGCUGUGCCAACGUUUGGUUGACCACAAGAAAGCAUGAUAAAAAAGGGAAGCAGUUCUAAGACUGAAAAAAUCUUCAUGGAUUGUCUGUUCUCAUAUAAAAACUGUUUCGUUGUACAAAAUUCAUUGAUGUUAGGUUCUAUUAUAUUUUGCCUUCAGAAAAGACAAACUUAAAAAUAAACUUUUGUGUAUUGCAGCA